CAAAACAAUUACAGACCUAAACAUAGUCGUUGGAAACAUGAAUGCAAGGAAAAUUAACGCAAAAGCCGUGUCAGAGAAUCGGUUUCGCAAACUUCUGCUCACCCUCAGAUCAGCUGGAAUUCCAAUCAACACGCACUCAACAACAACACUUCGAAGUGCAUAUAACGUAAUCGUCCCCGUAUCUUUCUACAUCACUUGCUUGUCUGGUUUUAUGGAUUUCCUCGUCAGUUCAGACUUAAAGGAAUUAAUGAAGAGUUCUCGAGUCGUCUUUGGAAUGGGGGUCGUUAUGUGGCAACACUUCUUCCUCAGUUACAGGAAACGUGACAUCGAACACCUCAUUAGUCUGACAGAUUCCUUCACGUGGGAAGAAGUUCCGACCAGGGACCCAGAAACAGGACGUUUAACGAUGGUUGGAUACAUACAGAUCGCACAAUCAUUUGCCCGAUAUUAUCCAGCCUGCAUACUUCUAAUACAUUUCCCUCAAAGUGGUGUGCGUAUGGUGAGGAAUCGUGAAAUGAUGAUCACCAAGUGGUAUCCCUUCGAUUCUUCUGCCAGCCCAGCGUACGAGAUUUUGAACUUGACACAGGUCUUUGCAGCAAUUCUCAUCGCGUGUGUGUUCGGUGGCUUCCUGAGCCUUUACGCGACGUUAGUGUGUGUGGCGUGCAGUCAGCUGGAGAAACUCAAAGGGGCCCUACUGGAUAUCAGACAGACACAUAUCAUAUUACAACAGGACUGUGGGGCCGAGACCAAUGGAGAGGAACAUCCCCACACCCCUGAGGAAGUGUUCCAUCGCAUGCAGAAACAACUGAACGACUGCAUUCGGCACCACCAACAGAUAAAACAGUUCAUGCAGGCCUUCGAAGACAGUUGGAGCACAGUGCAGUGCGGUGUGUUUCUGCUUAUUUUAACAGCGCUCUGUUCUGUUGUCUUCUCGUUCAUCACGAGUUGGGGAGACCACGUAGAUCUAGUCCAAUCGACUCUUGUAUUUUUGGAAUGGUUCUGCAUUCUGACUUUAACUUGCUGGCUUGGAAAUGAGUUGUCAGUACAGGCUGAAAGUGUUAGAGACGCGGCCUGGGGGUGCGACUGGGUCGGAGCUCCUGUCCCGUUCCAGCGCUGUCUGAUGUUCAUCAUCGCCUCAGCCAACAAAGAGUUUACACUUACAGCUGGCAAGUUUGUUCCAGUCUCCAACGCAACUAUGCUGAGUGUAAGAAUAUUAUUGAGCAAUUAUGUUUUCAGUGAGGAUCCGAAAGCAAGGCGGGUAGACAGGAUGCAAGGCACGCAAUUACGUUUUCACGAGAUGAUUGUUUAUUAAAUGAUUUCUUACUAUUUUACACACAAUUGAUUAAUGAAAACGGUGAUAAUUUUGUGACUGUGACACGUCCCUGACCUGUUUGCGAUCUCAAAAGUAAGUGGGUAUAGUCAACACGAUACAUAAGGUUCGGCAGAAUGAAGUCUGAGAACAUUAGUCUUAAAAUGACGAAAUUUUUGUCUUCAUU